AUGGUCUCCUCUAUGAUCUCUAUGAUCUCCUCUAUGAUCUCCUCUAUGAUCUCUAUGGUCUCUAUGAUCUCUAUGAUCUCCUCUAUGAUCUCCUCUAUGAUCUCUAUGAUCUCCUCUAUGAUCUCCUCUAUGAUCUCUAUGAUCUCCUCUAUGGUCUCCUCUAUGAUCUCCUCUAUGGUCUCCUCUAUGAUCUCUAUGGUCUUCUCUAAGGAUGAACACUGCUGGCCAGCUCUGCCUGUCUGUGCUGUGCUCCCUGCUGGCGUGGGUGGUGGGGCUCCCGGAGGGCCCGUUCGGCCCCUGCUCCUCCUUGGUGUCGGGGGUGCUGUACGGCUCCUUCUCCCUGCGGGACCUCUUCCCGGGCCCCCUGUCCCUGGCCACCGGCUGCUCGUGGACGGUGGAGAACCCGGACCCCACCAAGUACUCCUCUACUUCCGCUUCAACCAGCAUCCGGAGGUUUGCCACGGCUUCUCCCCCGCCGUGCUGCCGCUCGAUCACUACCUGGCCAACCAGACGUGCGCCCCCACCGGGCAGCCGCUGGACCCCGAGGCCGUGGAACUGUGCCGGAGCCCGGCGCCUCACACCUUCCUCCAGUUCGACAAGAACUUCGUGCAGCUGUGCCUGACGGCGCAGCCGCCGACGCAUCCCGUUGCCGAGGCGACCAAGGAUGCCGACGGCUACGGUGACAGUGGCGGCGGUGACCGAGGAGAGGAUGACGGUUCCCGGGAGCAGAGGAGGGAGCGGGCGACGGCGGCGCCGACGGCGAGACCGCUGGUCGGCUUGGAAACGCUGGACUUCCGCCUGGUGGAGGUGCUGCUGAUCAACAACGAGAACUCGUCACGGUUCACGUGCGGCGUGCUGUGCCGCUGGUUCGAGGAGUGUGUGCUCAUGUCCGGCAGGCAGCCGGAGGACGGCUGCAGCAUCACGCAGACGGGGUGUGUUUGCCCCAAUGCUGGCCCCCCCGCCACGGACACCCUGCCCCCGGAACCCCCCCACAACUACACACACUACCCCGUCUCCAACGUCCUCCUCACCCCGCCCGAUGACUGCUGCGUCACCCAGACACACCCCAACAACGCUAUCGCCAUAGCGCCCAGGGAUGUACGCCAAGACCCUGACGAUGAGGACCAGAAGGUAAAGACUCAGCGACCACGAUCAGCUGACCAACCAGGAGUGUUCCAGGCCCAGACAGGGGACCCCGCGGCAGAGGAGUGGUCUCAGUGGAGUGUGUGUUCCCUGACCUGUGGCCAGGGCUGGCAGGUGCGCACGCGCUCGUGUGUGUCCUCUCCGUACGGGACGCUGUGCAGCGGUCCGCUCCGGGAGACGCGCCAGUGCAACAACACUGCCACCUGCCCAGGUGAGCCAAGGCACCAAUCAGUCCAGGGGCUGUGGGAGGAGUGGUCGUCAUGGAGCCUGUGUUCCGUCACGUGCGGCCGUGGUUCUCGCACGCGGAGCCGGAGCUGCGUUGAGCCCCAGCACUCUAGCGCCACCUGCAGGGGGCCUGAGGUGCAGUCCAAACUCUGCAAUAUAGCCGUGUGCCCUGGUCAGUAA